AUGAUAUCAGAUUACUUCAUUUAUUUUAAUGACUGCAGUAUAAAUUCUAAUGUAUGGCAAUGCAAUGAUAAAAAUAUUGAAAAUUAUCCAAGCAUUAAAUUUAUUUUAGAUAAUCAAUAUUUUGAAAUUCCAAAUACAGCUUAUGUAAAAUACAAUAAAGAAACAGAUACAAUAACUCUUCUACUUUUACCUAGUAACAAUUCUAAAUGGGUAUUGGGGAGCCCAUUUUUAAGGCAAUUUAUAGCAAUUUUUACUCAGGGGAUAGGUAUUCAAUCGACAAUUGGCUUGGCAAACAUUGAUAUUAAGCCGAAAAACUCAUCAAGCAGUGCAAGCAAUUUUUGGAGUGAUUGGAGUCUGUAUUUCUAUAUCGGAAUAGGAGUGGCAGGAUGUUUAAUUGUUGUAAUUUUACUCAUUAUUCUGUAUCGUUUGAAAAAAAGAAGAUAA